AUGACUUCUUUGAUUGAAUUGCAAAGAAAUCGAAUACUUAAUCUGAUUAGAGAUGUUCGAACAGAAAAUGGCUAUAAAAUAUUAGUCCUCGAUGAAACAACUGAGGAAUUGGUUUUCUCUGUCCUGAACAAGAGUGAGAUUCUAAAUAUAGUUACUGCGAUCGAAAGAUUAGAUCAGAAAAGAAAUAAUCAAUUUUCAAUUGAAGCUGUCUAUUUAUUGGAACCAACCAAAUAUACUAUUAACUGUUUGUUGACAGAUUUCACAAAUAUCCCAACAAGAUAUAAAGCUGCUCAUAUUUUCUUCCUACCUGGAUUGACAACUGAAUUAUCAAAUAAGCUGAAAGCAAACAUUCAUUUCCAAAAAAAUCUACGAACAUUCCAAGAGUUCUAUCUUAAUAUUCAUUCAAAAGAAUCCAACCUUUUUGUUACCAAAAAUCCAAAUUCAUUACAAGUUUUCUAUAAUUCUUCAUGUCAUGAUCUAGUGACCAAGACCAUUAUUCAUACAGCAAGAGCUCUAGUGGAUUUAUGUGUAAUCACCGGUGAAUACCCAAUCAUCAGAUAUUAUUCUCCGAAUGAUAACGAUGGAUAUUUCAAUGCAUCAGUGUUGCCCAAGAUGAUUGCAACGGAUUUACAAGAACAAUUGGAUGAAUAUACAAGAACUCAUCCAGAUUUUCCACCAGCGACAACAAGACAACGAUCUAUUUUCAUCAUAACAGAUAGAACAUUGGAUCUUUUCGCCCCAUUAUUACAUGAAUUCACUUAUCAAGCAAUGACUUAUGAUAUUGUUAAUAAUCAGAUCAAAAAUGACGUUUACACUUAUGAGGCUGAAAAUGAAGCUGGUAUGAAAGAGGAAAAACAAUCAAAAUUAGACGAUAGUGAUCCUGAGUGGGUUCAAUUAAGACAUUUGCAUAUUUUGGAUGCUCAAGAACUGUUGACUUCAAAGACUGAAGAAUUUUUAUCCAAGAAUUCAAUGCUGGUUGAUAGAUCAAAAAUAAAGACAACAUCUGAUAUUUUACAUGCUGUUGCACACUUGAAAGGUUUUGAUGAAGAAAGAAGAAGAAUCACAUUACACAAAACUCUACUAGAAACUUUGAUGUUGACAAACGGAGAGAAAAAAUUGGCAGAAAUUGCUGAGUUUGAACAGAAUGUUGCAAAUUUUGGUGUUGAUAUUGAUGGUGAGCGUGUUAAGAAUUUGGCUGAUUUAUUGAUUGACUAUUUAUCCCAAGAUGUUUACCCUUUUGCUGAUAAAUUGAGAGCUAUCAUUCUUUAUGGUCUUUAUAGAGGUGGUUUAAUUGAACAAGAUUAUAUCAAAUUAUUUAACUUUAUGGGAGUGUUACAAUUGCAUGAAAUUGAUUAUAAUCUUGAGCUGAUCAAGAAUUUUGAAACUGUUGGGUUCAAAUUGAUCAAACCAAAUUUAAAAUCAAAGUCAGUUUUCAGAAGAGAAUUCUUACAUGAGUCAGUUUCGGAAAAUUCAUACAAUACAUCAAGAUUCAAACCAAGUAUAAAUUCAAUUAUUACAAAAGUCUUAUCAAAUACUUUAGAUGAUGAAAGAUUUCCAUAUAUUAAAGAUAAACCAAUGGAUCUAGAAAAUGAUAUUUCAAGAACAAAUUCAACAUCAACUGCUUCAUUGAAAAAUCCUAAACACAAAGCAUCUUGGGCAAAAACAAACACUCAAUUCCAACCUCCAAGACAAAGAAUCUUUUAUUUCAUUGCAGGUGGUGCAACUUAUUCAGAAGCUAGAACUGCAUAUGAACUUUCAAAUAAAUUUGAAAAAGAUAUUAUCAUUGGAAGUGAUGAGCUAAUAACACCAUCGCAAUUCAUUGCUGAAGUUAAGAAAUUAUCAUUAGAAAGACCAAAUUUAAAACUUUAUGCAGAUUGGAAAGCCGGCAAACCAACAGAAGCUCCAAGGUAUUUACUGGAUAACUAUUCUGAAAAGAGACCGAAUGAUGUCCAUGCUAGUGCUAACUCUCAAGUUCGUCAACAGCCAACGAAAGGUAAACCAAGUGCUCAACUAACAAAAGCUGAAGAACCUGAAAAGGAAAAGAAACGUUCCAAAUUCAAGAAAUUCUUGAAAAAAUAA